UUGACUGGCGAGAUUUACGCGUCUCCGAAGGCCAAGCCGUUGGUGGCCGGAGACGCGGACGCCGUGAAGACGCUGGUCGGCGGCAGACUCAGUGCGCAUCACGAGGCCCAGUUGCUGAGGGAGCAGCUGGAGGCCCAGAGCCAACAGACGCAGGCCGCCAUGGCCCAGGUCCACCUGCUCAGGGAGCAAUUGGCCGCCGAGUCCUCUGCCAGGAUGGAGGCACAAGCACGGACUCAUCAGUUGCUGUCAAGUAAUCAGCAGCUGCUGGAGCACAUUAGGAGCUUGGUGCUGCAGCUGGUGGAACUAGAGACCAGACUGGAACCCAGUGCAGAGUCCUCUGCUUCUCAAGUUCGUCAAAUGCUGAGCUCUCUUCCCCAGAUGCAAGUGUCCGUGGACAUGCAGACGCCUGUUAUCCCGGGGACCGUGAGCAUGCCGGUGGCACUGGACGCCUCCAGCACCCGGCUCCACCCACCUUCACCCAUUCCUCAACAACAACAACAACAACAACAACAGCAGCAACAACAACAACAACAGCAACAACUGCAUCCGUUCCAGCCUCAACAGGUACCCCUGCAACAACCCCAACUGUCCCUGGUGCCCACGUCCACGCUGCAAUUGCUGCUUCAACACGUGGCCGACACUCCUCAGUCGAGUCCGUCGCCGAGCAGUCCGCGGGUGGCGUGGGCGCCGCAAAUUUCGACGGUGUCGACGCCCGGGCCGAUACUGAGGUCGUCGAGUGAAAGGGCGUCGCCGGCGAGACGCGGUGGCGCCGGUUCUGGUGCUGGGAGUGGCGGCGGUGGCGGUGGGAGUGGGAGUGGGAGUGGUGGUGGUGGCGACGGUGCUCAUAUUCAA